GGGAGUUUGACGCGCAGGAGUGGCGUCGCGUCAGCCACGGCGGUCGUUUAGUCUCUGUGUAGAUAAACAGUCUGCCAGGGGGGCGGACGCCGCUCCAGAGAAACGUGGGGUAAACCGCCAACAUGGCCGAGAAAAAGGACCUGGAGGCCGGUGACCCCGAGCUAGAAUGUGUUCGGAAGCCAAUGGAUCUGCCUACCCUGCCGAAGCCACUGACCUUGGAGGAGAAGAAGUAUCUCCUGGCUGUCGAGCGAGGGGAUAUGGGCAAUGUGAGAAGAAUUCUCCAAAAAGCCCACCGCAAGAAACACAUAGAGAUCAACUGCGUAGACUCAUUAGGCCGCGGAGCAUUAACCUUAGCCAUCGAUGGAGAAAACCUGGAGAUGGUGGAACUGCUGGUCAUCAUGGGAGUGGAUACUAAGGAUGCGUUGCUGCAGGCUAUCAAUGCUGAGUUCGUGGAAGCUGUUGAGCUGUUGUUGGAACAUGAAGAGCUGAUACAUAAGGAGGGAGAGCCUUACAGUUGGCAGAAAGUAGACCCCAACACAGCAAUGUUCACUCCAGACAUAACUCCUCUAAUGCUGGCAGCCCACAAGAACAACUAUGAGAUCAUCAAGAUAUUACUGGAUCGCGGAGCCACGCUGCCCAACCCUCAUGACGUGAAGUGCGGUUGUGAGGAGUGUAUCCGCGAGUCUUCAGAGGACUCACUGCGUCAUUCGUUAGCUCGUCUCAACGAGUACAGAGCUUUAGCAUCUCCAUCGCUCAUUGCUCUAUCUUCUACUGAUCCUAUAUUGACAGCUUUCCAGCUCUCUUGGGAAUUGAGGAACUUGGCUUUUGCUGAACAGGAAAGUAAAGCAGAGUACCUAGAACUUCGUCGCCAGUCGCAGAUGUUUGCGGUAGAUCUGUUAGACCAGUCGCGAAGCUCUCAGGAGCUGGCCAUCAUCCUGAACCAUGACCCGGAUGAACCGGCUUUCGUUGACGGAGAUCAUAUGAAGCUGGCUAGAUUGGAACUUGCUAUUGAUUUUAAGCAGAAGAAGUUCGUAGCCCACCCGAACAUCCAACAGCUCUUAGCUUCCAUCUGGUACGAAGGCGUCCCCGGCUUCCGUCGCAAGACCGCCAUGGAGAAGAUUAACAUCAUCUGUCGUGUCGCCUUAUUGUUCCCUUUCUACUGCACUCUGUACAUGAUCGCCCCUAACUGCGCCACCGGCAAGCUGAUGAGGAAACCCUUCAUGAAGUUCUUGAUUCACGCCUCUAGUUAUUUGUUCUUCUUGCUGAUUCUAAUCCUGGUAUCACAAAGAGCGGAGGUGCAAGCGAUACAGCUGUUUGGUCCAGAGUGGAUGGUCAAAGAGCUGGAAAAGGAACUUCUCAAACAACGAGGAAAUGGACCCACGUAUCUUGAACUUGUCGUUGUGGUAUAUGUUUUAGGCUUCAUCUGGGAAGAAACGCAAGAAAUCUACAUCGAAGGCAUCCGUUCCUACCUUCGAAACAUGUGGAACUUCAUAGAUUUCACCAGGAACUCUCUCUACGUGGCCGUGGCUGUGUUACGCUUUGCAGCCUAUAUACAGCAGACCACUGAGAUCAGAAGGGACCCUCAGACUAAGUUCAUUCCUAGAGAGAAUUGGGAUGCGUUCGAUCCUCAGUUGAUAGCUGAGGGAUUGUUUGCUGCGGCGAAUAUAUUCAGUGCCCUGAAGCUGGUGCACUUGUUCUCCAUCAACCCUCACUUGGGGCCGCUGCAGAUCUCCCUCGGCCGCAUGGUCAUCGACAUCGUCAAGUUCUUCUUCAUCUACAGCCUCGUGCUUUUCGCCUUUGCUUGCGGGUUAAACCAACUGCUAUGGUACUUCGCGGACCUGGAGAAACGCAAGUGCUACGUGCUCCCUGGUGGUCUACCUGAUUGGGAUAAUGCUGGAGACUCUUGUAUGAAAUGGAGGAGUUUCGGGAACGUCUUCGAAGCCUCCCAAUCUCUAUUCUGGGCGUCCUUCGGCAUGGUUGGACUUGAGAACUUCGAGCUGGCCGGUAUAAAGAGCUACACCCGGUUCUGGGGCUUGCUGAUGUUCGGCUCAUACUCCGUCAUCAACGUCAUCGUGUUACUCAAUCUUCUUAUAGCUAUGAUGUCCAACUCUUAUGCUAUGAUUGAGGAACACUCCGACGUGGAAUGGAAAUUCGCCCGCACCAAGUUGUGGAUGAGUUACUUCGAAGAGAGCGCUACCCUGCCGCCUCCGUUCAAUAUAUUCCCUACGCCUAAGCUUUUGCUCAAAAUGCUCGGCUUGAGGAAGAAGGAUAAGCUGAGGAAGAUGAAGAUGAAGGAGCAAAAAGAGAAAGAACACGACGUUCGCUACACAGCAGUCAUGAGAGCUCUAGUUUGGCGUUACGUAUCCGCCAUGCAUAGGAAGAUGGAUGAUGAGCCGGUAACUGAGGAUGAUAUCAACGAGCUGAAGGGAGAUGUGUCGGCAUUAAGAUAUGAACUGCUUGAGGUCUUUGAGAAGAACGGCAUGGAUGUCAGCUUCACUGAUAGGAAGGAGAAGAUGGUCCUAGGCAAACGCAUGAAGGUUUGGGAGCGUCGCCUCAUGAAGGACUUCCAUGUAGCCCCCGUGGCUUUAGAUGAAGAGAAACCAGCUGAUGAAGAUGGGUUGUCACGAUUCAGGAGAAUCGCUAAACUGGCAGUUGCCAAUACAUCUAAUGCUAAGUGGGACCAAACGCUUGCUAGUACUGGGAUUUCGUCUCAGAUCGGCCGCUGUCGCAGCAGAGAAUCUUUCAAGAAUCAGCAGAACUUGCAGCGAGCUAUGGAAGAGGCUAGGAAGUUGGUACUCAGGUCACCAUUGCCAGAAGGUUCGAGAGUUGGAACUCCUAUCGAAAUGCCCAUCAGCCCUGGUCACACACUCCUGGAGUUGAUCAAGGACAUAUCCACUGAAGUUGGGGAAACUGAACCUGAAGGGACCACUUCACCUCCUAAGUCUCCUUGGAAACCACCAGGAGAAGCAGGAGUACCAGGUAUAGCUGUAGGAGCGUUACUAUCCGCAGCAGACGCUCGCAGUAGACCGGUGUCUCCUAAACCGGCUACUUCUACUGCCCCAUCUCCUAUCCCUGGGCCUUCAACUGCAGCUUCACCUGUACCGGCUAAGACUCCGCCAAAAUGUCCAUCGCCAGUGCCAACUUCGAGGGUGGCUAGUCCAGUACCACCAACUGUCAGUCCACCUGGCGAAGGAACUACUUCACCACAACCAGAUCCAAGUCCUUUGAAGGCAAAGCGUGUGCCAGGAGACUCGCCACCUAAAGUGAUCAAGAGAAAGCCGUCCGGUCCGCCGUCUCCUUCAGGAGGGCCAGCGGCUGAUAAACCCGAAGAUACUGACACCAAGCCUGUUGAAGCUAUUGCCGUAGCCAGACCCGUGGCUCCUGAGAUCAAGCCUUCUGAAGGAGCCAUACCACCUCCACCACCGCCUGUCAAGCCUAAGGCUCCACAAGCACCCACAAUGGAGGUGACACCCAGCACUCCUCCCGUUCACGCUCCGUCACCCCCCGAGGCAAAGCCGCCGUCACCCCCUAAGGCCGCUGCCAAGCCGCCGUCACCCCCUAAGACGGCCGCCAAGCCACCGUCACCUCCGAAGGUAGCCCCACCACCGCCGAGAACACCGUCUCCACAACCUUCCACUUCUGCUAAGGUUGAUCCAUCGCCCCCAUCUCCUCCAAAGAGGCUGACUUCGACUUCGAGCACGGAACAACUAAUUCCACCAUCAUCUCCCGAACCACUUCGUCCCGCCAAGAAACUGGAUGAGAUCAAAACUAUUAAGAGACAGCAGAAGACUGGCUGGCUUUAGAUGUGCCCAUUGUAUUUUCCUAGAUGUUGUAUUAACUCAUUUAAUUUGUAUGACUUAAAUUAUAACCGUGGAUUAAGUUAUAAAUAACACGAAAAAAGUUUAAUGUUUGACUGAAUCAAAAACGUUUUUAAGUUAAAAAAAAAAAUGUUUUAUGUGACCACAUGUUGAAAACUUAAUACUAAAAGAUCUGUUUUGUAGAAUGAAAUCCAUUUUUUUUGUUGUAACCUUAAUUUUUGGAUUUCCAUGGUACUUAGAUAUUACUAAAUUCAAUGACUUAAUACCGCAUAUCUAAUAAUGAUUUCUGUGUGUCCUAAUUUCUCCUUAAGAUAAAAAUACUUAAAAAUAAAUAUUUUCAGUCUCUACGUGCAGCUAGGUUUGGUUGGAAAGUGAAUGAAGUAAGCUAGAGUGUCGUCCGAAAAAAACUAAAAAAAAACUUUUUUUUGUUUGCAAUAUUUCAAUUUAAUUCACUUUUUAUUUACUGCAGAAUUAUAUUUCUUUUUCAAAUUUUUAUUUGUUUGCGAUGAUCUAUUUUUUUAUCAAUGCCAACUUAUUUUUAUGUUCAUUAAAAUGUAACUCUAUGAGUAUUUUUUGCUAAAAUUGUCACCCCUAAGAAUUUUUUUUCUAAGAAAAUUCUAUAUAUUUUCCUCAAGUUUACCACAAUCAAUAGUUACUCGUAUAUUUUCAGCGAGAGCUCGCGUGUAGUUUCAGAGCGUCAAAUUCAUGACUAAUAUGAAUGUCUGAUAGACCGCGGUAGUCCCGUCUGUUAUACGAUUCUUUAUUGAUUUGGUUACUUGAAUCUCCAUUCUUUAUUCUAAAUAUAAAUGUGUAUUUUUUUCCAUCGCCAUUUUCCUUUGGUUAACGGAUUUUUGUUAUUUAAAAAAUGAGUUUUCUUUUUCAUUU